AUGUUGCUGGACACGGGAGCUUCAAUAAGCCUCAUUAGCUCGUCGUUUGUUGAGACGUUGCCGAACGCCGACCUCAUGCUCUACACAGCCAGUGUGCAAGAACUGCGAACUGUAGCCGGCGACGUUAUACCGGUGGAAGGCGUCGCCGCAGUCUCUUUGACUAUAGCGGGACAAGAGUUUCGACAUGCCCUCUACGUCGCCGAUAUCGUGGAUCAGUGCAUACUAGGAUUUGACUUUAUGAAAGACCACCAAUGUAUUCUUGACCUCCGAGAAGGUACUCUACACUUGGGGACCCGGCAGCUAGUCCUUUCUGCGUGCACCACUACUGCACCUGACCCCAACCCCCAUGUCCUGUGUCGUCGGACUGUCAUGGUGCCACCGUAUGCCGAAGUGAUUGUUCCUGGAACGGCGCCGUCCAAGCAACAAUGCAAGGUCUCCGUUGUCGAGCAGUGCUUGGAAGGGCCUCCACCCGCUGGCAUCAUCGUUGCUCGCAGCCUGGUCCGUCACGCGCAUCCAUUGGUGCCAAUCUGUAUCCUCAACGUGACUCCCUCACUCAUUGUACUUCAGCGAGGACAACGCCUAGCGAGGUGUAGUCAGGUCGUGGAGAUACACCCCGCUACCGGAGAAGACAGUGCCGCAGAUCCCUCCGCCUGUGGUGAUUCAUGUCUAGCUAGCUAUAUCGACGAGCUUGUCAACAGUACGGAGCCGGUGCUUUCACAGAGCCACAAACAGAAGAUACGCUCCCUCUUUCUAGAGUUUCACGAUGUUUUCUCGUUUGCUGCCGCUGACCUUGGCAAGACCACCGCCGCUUCGCACCGUAUCGACACUGGAACCGCACGUCCCAUCAAGCAGGUGCCCCGACGACUACCACUGAGUAGCCUCGGGGAAGUCGACCAGCUCAUCCAAGACAUGAGGAGUCAAGACGUAAUCGAGCCCUCUUGUAGUCCCUGGGCAUCGCCCAUAGUGCUCGUCAAAAAGGACGGUUCCACACGAUUUUGUGUGGACUACCGGCGCCUAAAUGAAGUUACGUAG